AUGGGCGACGAAGGCGAGGAGAUCAAGUCCUUCCAGUCGCUGACGCUUGACCUCCCACCCAGCUGCGUCGAGUUUUGUCCUCGUUAUCCCUCACAUUUCCUGGUUGGUACAUACAAUCUUGAGAAGAAUGAGGCAGAAGAAAGGGAAACUGUCAAGUCCGAGGACCAGGACGAGCCCGAGGUGGAGGUCGAGGCAAAGAAAUCCCAGAGCAGGUCAGGGAGCAUCAUCGUGUUCGAGCUCAAGGAUGGACAGGCGCACAUAAAGCAGACAAUAUCCCAGCCUUCUGCAGUCUUUGACCUUCACUUUGCGCCACAGGCAGACCGAGGCGACAUUUGCGCAGCAGUCUCCAGCACGGGGACCAUAUCCAUUUUCAGAUUAACUAUCGAACCGUCAGCAUCGACUGAAGGCUCGGCAGAAAACUACAUCCAGACCUUGAGUGUUCUCAGUAUACCGGAACUAUCCAAGGACGACCUAUUCACCUACUUCACCUGGCACCCAGAAAUCCCAGGCCUCAUGGCCGUCACCACAUCCACAGGCCAAGUGAUCCUCGCCCGUAUCCACAAAGACCACAUGAAGCUCGAAAGGCUCCGCACUGUACUCAAGCAUGAAGCGGAAGCCUGGUGCGUCGCCUUUUCACCAGUAUCACACCAAAAGACAAGCUCAGGAGAGACGCUCUCUACAGUGUUCUCCGGGGGCGACGACUCCAAGCUUCUGCUCGACUCACACAGCACAUUCCCGGACGUCAAAGACGUCACGGCUUCAAGCUCCGGGUCCGAUUCCGGUGCGCACCUGAGCCAUGACCCCGAAUCUGCCACGGCCUUAGACUCCGAUACCGACGAGACCUUCGUCUCGACCCCCAACAGGAAAGGCCUCCGUCACGACGCAGGUGUGACGGCCAUCCUACCACUACGCCUCAACAUCUCCGACGGGUACUAUGUCGUCCUAACAGGCAGCUACAGCGACCACCUUUCGGUAUGGGGCAUCAUUCCCCCCUACAGGGCAGACGACUAUCGGAGAAACAAGCUGCUGCAGAGGGAGAACCUCGGCGGCGGCGUGUGGCGGCUCAAGGUCAUCGAGGAACUUAGUGCGUACCCGGGGGACUGCUGGACGGUGACACUCCUGGUGUCGUGCAUGCACGCCGGUGCGAGGGUUGUCCGCCUCCAGGGAACAAUCGACACGGUCGACCGUAUCGAAGUCGUCAAGCGUUUUACAGAGCACAAGAGUAUGAACUAUGGGAGCGACUACACGUGGGUUGACGGGCGGGAGUUCUUCGGCGAAGGGGAGGGAAAGAAGAUUGCAUGUGUUUCGACGAGUUUCUACGAUAGGCUGCUUUGCCUCUGGUCGUUCUGA